AUGGAUGGAGAAUACGGCGAUUCCUGGGAAAAACCGCACCAUUAUGAUAGCAGAUCAAUAUCCUUGGACGAUGCGAUCGACCGCGCUCAAUCUUCACAGGGCCAUAAAGCAGCCGCUGCCGAUGCUACCGCGGCAUUGGGCCUCAGUUUAGUAGGCGUCGGGCUUACAGAAAGAACUAAAAGAGCAUGGACCGGACCUUAUGUCUCAAAAGCCAGGAACUUUUCCACAAAUGACGUCGGCCAAGUGAGCAUUCGAAACUCUAACUCUCACAGAGUUUAUGGCGAAAACGGCCAGCACGGGCCCGCUAUAAUCUACGAUUCAAAGCUUCUACCUAGCAAAGAAGUCGUAGACAAAUGUUUCAACGAGUUAUUGAAAAGCAGGUCCUUCUUUUGGGGUACUGCCCGAUCAGGGUUACUGAGUCUCAGUCAUGAGCGUAAAUGGCAACUUGUUUGCAAAGAACGUCGCUUGCAGAAAGAAAGUCGGCCUGCCGGAAGCUCCAAGCCAUCGGGCGAUGACACGCUCGUUGCUGCGUUAAAGUCAAAAACAUAUCCACAAAAGCUCAUAAUUGACAACUUGUACGAAGUGGAGAGGUUACUCCGGAGAAACGACAUUUGCGAAUGGUUUUUGCAUAACGACGGCACACAUCAAUUGGAAGAAGCUUGCGAUUCGCUUCAACUUGACGAUAUAUACGUCUACCUGCGAUGUUUAAAGACGUUGACUAACCACGGAAGUGGAAGAUUGGCGGUGGCAAGUAACGAGAAGAUUAUUCAGUUCCUGUGUGGUACUCUGGCCCAGGAAAAAGUGCAUCUUCGAGUCAACCUCUUGAGUGCUGAGCUUUUACUCCUAUUAACUUUUGUAGAGGCUCACGACUGCUGCAGUAAUAUUUCCAAACACUUGGAGAGUCGAUAUUCAGCAUGGCUUACAUUUCUCGAGUGCUUACUCGAAAGCGGCUCUUCUAUGGACGAGAAGAAAUCCCCACUAUUACCGGCUAUAAAACCCCAACAAAUACUACAGAAUUAUUGUUUGACUUCGGUGUUUCUCAUGAAUUCGAUCUUGCAAGUGGCCCCGUCAAACUCAGAAAAGUUGAGACACAUAAAAGCUUUCCAGGAGCUCAGAUUACACCGCAUUUUCCAUCUUAUGUCCAAGCUGGAGUAUCAAGAUUUGGCAAACGAAAUAGACAAAUACAGGUCAAACGAAGAGCGCAUUAUCUGCGAGACUAAUCCUGGUUUUCCCGAUCUCCUUGACAUUUCUUAUGGUCAGCAAGUAAGUUCCAUUGUGCAGCAAAGCCGGAACAACCCUUUGGAACACGCGGUACAUCAAGUUUUCGAAAGCUUGUCGCAGACUUUAAUGACACGCACCAUGUCAGAUAGUUUGAAAGCAUUGAAACUUUUCUGCUCGGUUCUUGAUUACUUGAAAGACUACACCUAUGGAGAAGAUAACAUUAAGAUCGAAUCGGUAAUAAACUUAUCGCUAGGUCAACUGGUGGACAACCUUCAGUCAGAUGAGAUUGCUCAGCGAGCUCUGGACGAAUUGACUACAACACAGAAAAGCCUCGAAAACCUGGAGUUGGAAAACGAGACCUUGCGCCAAGAAAAGGAUGUCUCGAAGGCAAGCAUCACAAUAGAGCUACAGAGGGCCAAGGACGAGAUAGCUUCAAAACUAAAGGAUAUAGAAUCUCUGAGCAAAGAAUUGGAAAUGAGCAACAAGCAAAGAAUCCAGGAUAAAACGGUAUUUGAUAAACUUCUUGCGAACAAGAAGGCGGUGCAACCCUCUAGAGCGGUCACCUUAGGCGCAUUCGAUCAUAUCAAGCAGAAAUCGAAAAAGGACGAAAUGCCGAAACUCGCGCGUAACCAUUCGCUGUCUAAAAGUAGCAGAUUCACAUCGCUCUCGGACUUGGUCAACACCUUCAAUAGCGACGCAGAAUUAAGCCCUUCUCUUGCCGCCAAGCGAGGCGCUGUGCCAUCCAAUCCUGAUGCACCGUUUAAUAAUUCAGAUGAAGAAAGAGAUAACACUUUUGAGAGAGACACUGUAAGCAGGGGUAAUUGGAAAGGCGACUUCGCGGCUGCUGUAAUCCCUGUUCCUCAUGAUAGUCAUAUUUCAACAAGACCGGCCAUUGAGGGAAAGGUAUUUUCUGAGCUGUCUUCGGCCGCCACACCCGUAAACUUGCCUUUGCGUCAUCAUUGCAGGGAAGAAAACAUUGGGGCAGCAAAUAACUCGUCAGGCAACAAACACUCAAAAAAUCACGGAUUAUCUCCGGGAAAUUCUCCCAUCUUGCCGUCGACUUCAGUUGGAGCUCAGGACUUCAAGCAAAGUGGACCCCCGCCACCCGCUCCUCCAUUACCACAAAGUCUGAUUCCCCUCAAGCCGCCAGAAAUACAAGGCGAUAUUCCAGGGGCAACCGCCGCGGCCGGAAGGCUAACAUCUAGCUGUUCUUCGUCGGCGACAACAGUACCACCACCCCCUCCGCCUCCCCCUCCUCCCCCUCCUCCUCUCCCCAAUUUUCCCAGCAAAGUGCCCCACAGGUUACCGCCAGUGAGUUCCAAUAAUGUGUCGAAAGAACCUCAGGCAUCUUGUAAUCCGCCCGCAGCACCACCGCCUCCUUCGAGCUUGGCUCUUCUCAAAUCAUCGAUAUCUACCGAACAUCCCACAAACCAAAUCCAAUUGAAGCAGAUUCAUUGGGAGAAGAUUGAAAACGUCGCCGACACAAUUUGGAAUCAAGAGGACGGUCGACAAGAUGUUGCAUCUCACUUGAAAACCACUGGUAUACUCGACGAAAUAAGCGAACUAUUUGAAGUCAAGAAAACCAAUUCCAUGAAAGCGAGAACAGUGAGCUCGAGUGCAAAGGGUGCAGUUUCCAUACUGUCCCGAGAUCUCGCGCAGCAAUUUGGUAUUAAUCUGCAUAUGUUUUCGAAUUUGUCGGUAGACGAUUUCGUUCUCAAGGUGCUUCAUUGCGACCGAGAAGUUAUCAACAAUCAGAGCGUGUUGGAAUUUUUCGCUCGAGAAGACUUGAAUAACAUUCCUCACAGCACGGCCAUCAAAUUUGAACCAUACGCCACGAAUUUCGAAACCAAAACACGGCCAACCCUUGAUAGCGGAAAACUGGAACGUGCCGACCGCAUCUUUUUAGAGCUUUGUUUUAAUCUGAAGAGCUAUUGGAGCAGUCGGUCCUCGUGCCUUUUGACCCUGGCAGUUUACGAAAAGGACUAUUUUGACAUAAUGUACAAGCUGCAAAGGAUCGACGACGCUGUAAAUGCUUUGAAAUCAUCAAAGCGGUUUCAAGAAGCUUUAAUGGUGAUUGUUGAGAUUGGCAAUCACAUGAACCGGAAGCAGGCUCCCGGGAUCAAGAUCAGCUCUUUACAGAAACUGGCAUUUGUCAAGUCUAGUGCGGACAGCCAUACUUCGCUGCUGCAUGUUGUGGAAAGGGUCUUGCGCAAAAAAUGCGGGGACGCUUACGGAUUCGUGACUGACUUGGCCAAAGUGACAGAUCUGGGCAAUCUUGUGGUGGGCCAGAUUGAGCAAGAUUGCCAAGACUACUUGAAACGCAUUGCCUCGAUGAAACAGUCAUUGGAGAAAGGUCGACUUUCUGAUCCCAAGAUUUUGCACCCGGAGGAUCGUUUGUUGGUGAAGGUAGGGUCGAAAGUGGAGACUGCGACGCGAAAGUCUAACUUGCUGCGAAACCAGUGUGCACUGACGAUGCGUGGGCUGGAAAAUCUGAUGAAGCUGUACGGUGAAGAUGUGCGGAAUGCGGAAUGCAGAAACGAAUUUUUACAUCAUUUUGCAAGGUUUGUGCAGCAGUUCAGGAAAGCUGCCAAGGAAAAUAUGGAAAAGGAAGAGAUGGAGCGUGUUUACAAACAGCGUACAGAGCUUUUGCAGAGCAAGACGGCAACAGCCGCUGGCACACCUCGUCAGGGCCCAGCGUCGUCGUCAGCGGAAGAAGAGGAUGAGGAAGGAGAGGACGACACCGUGGACGUUCUUAUAAAACGGCUUCGCAAUUUAAGUCAUAAGGAGGAGCGAAUGUCGUCGAAACGUAAAGCCGACGACAAGCUUUGGACCAGAACCCAGGACGUGCUAAGUAACAUUCAAAAGCUGUGA